AUGAGUACUUCAAGAGGAAGUAACGUUAGGAAACGCCCUCAAAAGCAUCAAAACAGAACUGCAUUUAAAAAUGAUUUACAUGACACUAGCCACAAAACUAAAUUUAUUAAUUCUUUAGAAGUAACAGGAGUCUGUAACCGUUGCAAGGAUAUUAUUGAAUGGAAGAUUAAGUAUAAGAAGUACAAACCCUUAACUGCAGCACGGAAAUGUGUAGGUUGUGAACAAAAAACAGUUAAAUAUGCUUACCAUUUGAUGUGUACUCAAUGCGCUAAAGACAAACAAAUAUGCGCUAAAUGUUGCAAACCAGUUACGGUUGAAAAUAUUGAAUUUGUUGAUGGCAGUGAAAAAACAGAUUUAAAAGCAAUGUUAAAAGACUUACCAGAAAGAAAGCGUCGGACUAUCCUCAGACACUUAAACAAUCAAGAAGGUGGUCAGGAAUAUGUUACCCCGGAAAUAAAGGCACAAAUAGAAGAUAUGUUAACAAAAAUGGAAAAUAUUGAUUUAGAUGAUGAGCAAUUUUUUUCUGAUGAGAGCUUAUCAGAAAGUAAUGAACAGAGUACAUAA